AUGGCUUCUAGAAUCCCAACCUCGAAUACCGUCACUGAGUCUGCCGUCGUCUCUGCUACAUUCUCUCAAGUCUGGCACAUGAUCAAGCUCGAGAACUUCGCUGAUUUCUGGUCGACCUUGGCCAAGAGCGAGACCGUCAAGGGCGUCUCCCCCGACACCGACAUCGUCAAGUGGACCUUCAAGGAUGGCCAGGUCUUGGAGGUCAAGCAGGAAGAGCAUUCCACCAUCGACCACUACAUCACCUACUCAGUCAUCACAGCCCAACCCCAACUUACCUACUCUUCCGUCUUGAGUACCAUCCGCCUGUUCCCUAUCACUUCUGGUCACCACGAGGGUCAGACCUUCAUUCAAUGGACUGGUCACUUCUCAAGCGAUGCUGAUGCAGGCGUUAUCGAGGAUGCCAAGUUCAAGCGUCGUGAAGCUUUGGCUGACCUGGCAACUGCCGUCAAGAGUGCCGCGAAGAAAUAG